AUGUCUACAUCUCGUCGGCCUCCACCCGCGUACACUGCCGCUAAGGAUUCAGCGGUGUAUGGCACGUCCCAAGUCUAUAGGAAUAUCUCGGAGAGUGCCUCCAGCGAUUCUGGGAGGGUUCUCGAGACAUCAUUCACUAUCCGUCCCUGCUCCGGACAGGCCUGGGUGGUGCCAGCCGGGCAUAUCUGUCGACUGACUACACCCAAAGGGCCGCAAGUGGGCGAUCUCAAUAUUUGGAAUGCGAAUAAUCCCCGAGAGCGACUUUGGGCUGCUCGCACGCGUCAAAUUCACGCUUCCCAUGUGUCGGUCGGUGACCGCUUGUGGUCAAACCUGCCAUAUCUACGGCCCCUCGUCACCAUAACCGGAGACUCUCUGAAUGGUGGACAAUUGCAUGAGGUUUUGGAAGUCAACGGUCAACGGAAGGAGGGUGUUGGCUUUGGCACAUCGAAAUGGGGUGGACGUGUUCAUGAUUUGCUUGGAACCAGAUGCGAUCCCUACGUCAAUUUGCUUAUGGGUGGAGAAACCUUUGACUUCCACUGCCACUCGAACUUGACACGCGCGGUCAUACCUUAUGGCUUGACUGAAUUGGAUGUGCAUGAUGUGCUUAAUGUCUUUCAGGUAACCGGUCUGGAUGAGCAGGGAAAGUACUUCAUGGAGACAUCGCCAGCUAAGCCGGGAGAAUACUUUGAGUUCUUUGCCGAAGUAGAUGUGCUCUGUGCACUGUCGACUUGCCCUGGAGGAGAUCUCUCUCAAUGGGGAUGGGAGGAGAAGGGCGAGAAGAUGGGAGCUACUACCCGUCCAUUGGGUGUGGAGGUGUACAAGCUGGCUGAUCCCAAGAUACUGGAUGGUUGGAAACAGCCUGAGAGCCCCAAUUAUAGGGGACUGCAUGGGUUGCAAAUGCCACGACGGGAAACCGAUGAUAGUGGCUAUGUUGGUUUAUAG